CAUAACAUCUCCAUUGCCAUCUCAAAACCAACUCUCUAGUCUCUAGCAAAAUCCAACUUCAAGAAAAAUAAACUAAACCCUAUAUAUAUAAACCAAAAAUUCAAAUCAAAUUAAAUAACAAUCGCGAUAUGGAACGUGUAGUGAAAGUUGCAUCACAAAAGGCAGUUGUGAUAUUUAGCAAGAGUUCAUGUUGCAUGUGUCAUGCAAUUAAGAGGUUAUUUUACGAGCAAGGUGUUAGCCCUUUGAUUUAUGAACUUGAUGAAGAUAUGAAUGGACGCGAUAUGGAGAGAUCUCUCCUCAGGUUAGGCUGUAGCCCGGCUGUACCAGCCGUGUUUAUUGGUGGUCGAUUUGUGGGAUCAGCUAACACUGUUAUGACACUUCAUAUCAAUGGUUCACUCAAAAAGAUGCUUAAAGAUGCAGGAGCUUUAUGGCUUUAGUCAUGAGAAACCCUUUGCUUACAUAUAUAUAUUUAAAAAAAACAAGGCCUUUCUUUUUUUUGGGCUCUUUAAAUUUUGUACUUUAUGUCAAACUUCUUCCUUCAUGGCUUUUUAUUUUUAUAUAAUAAGCCAUGAUCUUUAUGAGAAGAGUUAAAUGUUGAAUGCAAUUUCUAUUUAAAAAAAUAGAAAUGCAACAAUGUUUUUUAAGUGUGUAGUACUAUCUCUUUCACUCAUCUUUUUAUGAAUAUCUGUCUGUUUCAA